UUAACAAUCAGUCAAGUUUAUCGGGCGCCUUAGUUUAGUCGAAGAAGAAAAUCGCGCGGCGCCAAGCGUGGAACAUCGCCAGGCAGCUGAAGAGGCAGCAGCAGCAGCAGCAGUACAGCAGGACACAACGAAUAAGGAUAACUACUGGCUUUAGAACAAAAUUUCCAGACCACCCCCCGCCCCAACAUCAUAAAUAAAUAAGGCAAGGAAAUGGCUUCGCUUCAUUCAUAAACCAGGCCUGCCAGAGGUCGCCGAUCAACGAAUAAUUAAACAGAAUCCCAAGGAACCCCAAACGACGAGAAGGAGCCGAAAUACCAGCAGUCGCCUGGAAGCAUGCCGGAAAAGGAGGAAAAAGGCACCAGCCUGGAGAAUGGCCAGGCGGCGGCGGCGGCGGCCAACUCGACGCCCACAAAAACAAAACCCCAGCCCCAGCGCCAGAAGACACCGCCCGCCCGCCGACGACCCAAUGACAGUGAUGUGGUGGCCGGUGGUGUGGGCAUCACAGGCGGUGGAGUCGUGAUCCUGCCACAGCAUGUGCUCAACGAACUAUACCACAACUACUCCAUCAAGCAGCGACGCAGCGGUCUUAAGUGGUUCCUGUUCGCGGCCGUACUUUUCAACAUCUGGACUAUUAUUAUCCCCUGGGAUCAGGAAGUGGCCACAAGAGUGGUAAACUGUUGCAUGCUGCUGGCUUAUUUGGCUUUAACGGGUCUGCUUCACAUCGGACGUGGCUCGGAGAAGCCAACAUUAAAACGGUUGCAUGAGAUACUACUGACGAUAAUUCCUCGGACCUUGUGGCUACUAAGCAUUCUACACUUUGUGGCAUAUGUUAUCCUGCAACCAAGUUUCUCGCCUAGAGAUGUGCUUGGCUGGGCUAUUCUACUUAACUUCUUGGUCUAUGUAACCCUACCGCUGCCUUUGAUAUUUCUCGGAUUGUCGAUUGGCUGCUGCUCCUAUUUGAUAUGCCUCAGCCUGCCCGUGGCGUACUCUCGCCAGGAUCCGAUGCUCUCGAAUCAGGUGGCGGCCAAUGCGGUCCUUAUAGCCACCGCUGCCCUGAUCGGACUCCUCUACUAUUUUAUGGGCGAGGCCAAGCAGAAGCGGGCUUUCCUGGAGGCCAAAAAGAGCCUUGAGGUGAAAAUGGUUAUCGAGGAACAGUCGGCUGAGCAGGAGCGCUUGCUGCUGUCGGUGCUGCCAAAACAUGUGGCUAUAAAAAUGCGAGAAGACUUGGGCUCUUCUAGUUCUGAGGCUUUCAAAAAGAUUUACAUGAGUCGGCACGAAAAUGUGAGCAUACUCUAUGCGGAUAUCGUUGGCUUCACAGCCAUCUCCUCGACAUAUAGCGCCCAAGAUUUGGUUAAAAUGCUUAACGAGCUCUUUGCACGCUUCGAUAGGCUCGCCGAGAAAUAUCAACAAUUGCGCAUCAAGAUUCUUGGCGAUUGCUAUUAUUGCAUUAGCGGUGCCCCCGACGAGCGACCGGAUCACGCCGUCAUGUGCGUGCACAUGGGACUCUCCAUGGUGAAGGCCAUCAAGUAUGUGCAGCAGAAGGCCAACUCACCUGUUGAUAUGCGUGUGGGCAUACACACGGGAGCAGUCCUAGCCGGCAUUCUCGGCCAGAGGCAGUGGCAGUUUGACGUCUACUCCAAGGACGUCGAGUUGGCUAAUAAAAUGGAAUCGAGCGGCAAGGCUGGACGUGUCCAUAUUUCGGAUAAAACACUGGCCUUCCUCAACGGCGAGUUCGAGGUGGAGCCCGCCUUUGGAGAGAAACGGGAGGAGCUGCUACGGAUUGCCGGACUGAAGACCUAUUUCAUCACCAAGGUGGUGAAGCCGUUUGCCUCGCCGUGUGCCAAGAAAAUCAACGAAACUCAAGCGGAAAACAACCAUACCAGUCCAAAUGGUUCAACCAACGAAGCCAUAACCGGCGCGGAUGACAACGACGGCCUGGACGAUGAGGAGCUCUUGGCCCAGACUGUCGUGUCCAACGGCCAUCAAACACCCGGCGAGGAGGACGAGGAGGAGCAGGUCAAGCUUGAGAACUUUAAGCAACGCUUGAAAGACGAACUAGUGACUCGUGAUGGACAUGAGAACCUCAUCAAGGACACAAAUGUAUUCCUACGCUUCAAGAAUCCCCAACUGGAGCAGUCGUAUGCCGUUUACAGGGAGCCGUACAGUUCCCUGCCGUUGCUGGCCGCUCUGUUGGUCCAGUGCAUUGAUGUCCUGUACUCCUACCUGGUGCUUCCCCGGUCCACGCUCCACUUUAUUAACAUCGCUGCGCCUCUGGUUCCCAUCGCUAUGCUGGUGGUCAUCAGCAUAGCCGAGAGCUUCAGCGGAAUGCUUCCCAAGUUCUUUGUCGAUGUGAGCAAGAGAUUCAAUGACAUUACCUUCGUGCGGGAGCUGGCCGCUAUAAUCAUAGCCCUAACCAUUGGUCUGAGCAACGUUGUCGACAUGUUCUUCUUCGUCACCUUCGUGCGCACCGAGCACAUUGUGAGCGAAAGCGAAUUCAAUGCCACGGCCGGCCUGGAGGGCGAUGUGGAGGACGUGGAGGAUUCAGGGGUGGUCACAGCCGAGCACCUGCUGCCCGCAUCGUUUGUGGAGCAAAUGCGCGAGGCAGUCCCCACAGAACGUGUCCUAUAUCCGUCCUACUUGAGUAAUUUCGGAAUCCUCAUAUUGAUUGCGAUUGCCGUAAUUGCCCAGCUCACGCAUCUUACAAAGAUUUUGUUGCUUCUAUCCAUUGCAGCCCUGCAUUGCUACUUCAAUAUAUUCAUUAUGCAGGAUCUGUAUUCCUUAGAAGAUGAUUUAUCACACCAACCCCUCAUAUCAACACGUUAUUGCGCUUCUGGACUCUUAAUAGUGGCAGCUUUGGCACUAAGCACAUUAGCCAGACAUAUGGAUCACGAGGAUCGGGUGAUUUUCAAAUGGAAGACCGAGGUGGCCGAGCAAAAGGAGACUGCCAACGAUAUGCGACAGCGGAAUGAGGCUUUGGUCUACAAUGUCCUGCCGGUUCAUGUGGCAGAGCACUUCAUGAAGAACACCAAACGCUCCCACGACGAUCUCUAUUCCCAGAGCUAUGCCGAAGUGGGGGUUCUAUUUGCCAGUAUGCCUAACUUUUCGGACUUUUAUUCAGAAGAGACGGUUAACAAUCAAGGUCUGGAGUGUUUGCGAUUUCUGAAUGAAGUUAUCUCCGAUUUUGAUGCGUUGUUGGAACUCCCUCAGUUCCAGGACAUUAUCAAAAUUAAGACAAUUGGCUCAACCUACAUGGCCGCCAGUGGCAUCAAUCUGCAGCGUAACCUCCGCAAUGACGCUCCCAUCACCGAACGCUGGUCCCACCUGGCCGUCCUGGUGGAGUUCGCCCUGGAACUGAAGCACGCCCUGCAGGGCAUUAACGAGCAGUCGUUCAAUCACUUCGUCCUCAAGAUGGGCAUCAAUCAUGGUCCGAUAACGGCGGGCGUUAUUGGUGCCCGAAAGCCACACUACGAUAUCUGGGGUAACACCGUCAACGUGGCUUCCCGCAUGGAGAGCACCGGCAAGGCAGGAGCCAUUCAGGUCACCGAGGAGACAUGCAACAUCCUUCAAGAGUUCGGCUACACCUUCCAGCAACGCGGUCUUGUGGCAGUCAAAGGAAAAGGCCAGUUGAUGACCUACUACUUGCAGGGUAAAUCCCAGCCAAACGCAGAACCCGCUGCGCCAACACCCAUAGAGCUGCAUGGCCCAGAAUCGACGACUCUGGAAUCCACCACCGAACUGGAGGCCUCCGACAUCAAGACGCCCCUGCUGAAAGUGAAGACGCAGGAUGCGCCGGCGGAGAGCGAGGGCAUCGCCCAGGAAUCGAGUCUGGGCAACGGCUGUGCUGGCCAAGUGGGGGAAUCCCAAUCCUUGCUAGAGUAAUUUGCUAAAAAUUUGCUUUUAAUUAGCUUCUGAGUUAUUGUGAGAAUGCAUCUUUGAUUCGGUCUGAGAGAGUGGGUGUAUGAGUGAGUUUUGGAUGAGUGCUUGAGUUAGUGGAACAAAAGUUAACUGUUACUGUUAUACUUGCUAUAUAUUUGGGUUUGCCUCAGUAUUCGUGUGAUAUUCUAUGCCCUGAGCAGCAAUUUCUAAAACAAGAAGAAAAAAAAACCAAAAUUCAGAUUUAGUUAAUCUUAUACAUUUGCUUUCCAAAAGUUUGUAAACUGUGUACCUAAGACGAAGAAAUAUAUUUAACUUUAAAGUA